GCUGGGAGUGUUUGAUUAACAAGACGAGGAGACCGACUGCAGCCCUGGACGCGAGACUCGCACCACUGUCGUCUCUGCACGAGAGAAGCGUUCUGACCGGGAAAAGCAACACGCUAUCUGCACCUUUAAAAGAUUGGAUCCGAUUUUUCUUUUGAAAUACUCACCUCAGUGGAAAGGGAUACCUUUAAAUCAUAACUCACGUGUUGGAGGAACAUUAUACAUUCAUCGACAUGUAUUGCUCUUUCCGAAUUCUUGAAAGAAAAUAACCUUGCAAUUUGUAUAAGCAAUUUGCGGAACAUCUUUGUAGUGUUUCGAGAGUCGAGAGUCGAUUGUCAAGUGACUUUAACAUGACAAGAAAACAAGCAUGAUUCUAUGAAGGUAAGAAUAAAUUCCGACAAGUAUCUAAAUCUGUUUUGAAAUGAAGACGGAUUAAAUAACAGCCGCGAAGCCUGCUACCAGUCUCUGACACGAGUCGUCAAGCGAUUUCAGUGUCGAUUGUCUUCUCGCUACAGUGCGUGGAGAUUGUGGAAGCUCCGCACCACGUCUCCGUAUCGACCUCUACCCUGUGCGGAGACUGAAUCAACGCAAUAAGCCGAGGAGGCGGGAGUUAGCUCGGGGGUCUGUGACACCGCCAUGUAUCGCGUGGCUUGAGCACGUCUCGCGGAGGAGGCCAAUGCAUGUUACGUUAGACUGUUAAACAUAUCACUUGGGAGUUGGAAUUUCUUCGCUUUUAGGGAACAAGUGGUUCAAGCACGGAAUGGUCCAUUUAUGCAAGAAGACCCUGCACGAAGCAGUUUUCUAAACACUUGUGAAAAUUGGGUGUCAGUGAAAGUUUGACAGUUAUGUUUUUCUCAUCCGACUGUUUCUACCAGCGGGAUAUUCUCACAUGACAAGACAAGGCGUCUUUUCCCGAGCCAGUGAAGACUUUCAGAGCAUACAGAACGAUUUGUGCGUGUCGACUAUAUGAAUGUGCUUCCUGACCCGAGAGCGGAUCUGUGUGUAGUUAACGUGCGACGCUUCAAUUGCCUACAUGUGUAUGCGAGUUUUAUGUGUAACGUAUAAUACAUACAUUGAUGUAAUAUUGCCUUUGAUGAAAGGACUUGGUCUGUGAACGACGAGGAUCUGGCAUUCACAGAAGUGAAAAAAGUCAACAAUUGAUACGGGUAUAUAUUGAAUGGAAAUACGCGCAUUCAGUACAGCUGGGCCGACUCUCGCUGUAUUGAACUCGUCACAAAGCAAAGCAAAUAAUUUUAUUCGUGGAUUUUCAAUACGACAAGACAUUGACUUUGUGACAACAGCGGAGCUGGCAUAUAGGACAUGUCGUGGGAUAUGGCGGUACUCCCCAGUGAUACUCCUGUAUCGAUCAGGACUUUUUUGUUUUAACAUGUCUUCAAUUCUCCGUAAGUUGGUGCAUUCACACGGGUCUUCACCGUAGAGUUGACUGUCAAUGGAACUCAGCGCAUCUUCCCUGUGUGUAGUUUCUUAGUCUAUAUCACCACGAUGUUGUGUGUUCGCGGGUUGUUUAUCCUUGUCUGUGUGGCCGUCAUCCCCGGGGGUGGGGCCCAGGGAGAUGUUCUCAACUACACCGUGGAGGAAGAACAAGCCCCGGGCACCUUCGUCGGCAACGUUGCAAGGGACUCCAACGUUUCAUCAGCCAUCGCUGGAGAGGACCUUGCUUCUGUUCGUUAUCGGAUUCUACGGCCAGGAGAGACACCCAAUUUUUAUUUUCUGAUCGGUAACCGAUCGGGUGUAUUAACGACAGCAUCUGUUCUGGACCGGGAAAAUAUUACAAUUUGUGAAUUCAAACGGAUUUGUAAAUUCAGCAUAUACAUAGCGUUGCAAUCGGGGCCGUUCUUCCGAACAAUUUUGGUUAAUAUACUCCUUGAGGAUAUCAACGAUGAAACUCCGGAGUUUCCACAUCCGGCGAUCCAGUUGGAAAUAUCCGAGUCGGUUUCCGUCGGAUCAUCCUAUACUAUAGAGCCUGCCGAGGACUCGGACGGCGGCGAGAAUCACUCGGUUCAGUCGUAUGACAUUUUCCCAAGUAAUGGGACAUUUGCUUUAAGAGUGACAAAAAACGUAGCUGGAAGAGACGUCCUUCGAGUAAUAGUCAAUUCUCCCCUGGACAGAGAAACCAAGGACUUUUACCAGCUGAGGAUCGAGGCAAGAGAUGGCGGUAGACCACCUAAUGUGGGUGAACUUUUAGUUAAUAUCAGUGUAACUGACGAGAAUGACAAUCCACCAAUAUUUUCACAGGAUGAUUAUCAUACGAAUAUAAGCGAGGCUUUACCGAAUACUUCUAUCAUCUUAACAGUGCAUGCAACGGACUUAGACAGUGGUGAUAAUGGCAGAGUGUUUUACAUGUUAAGUCCACAGCAGUCGGCUAUUAACAGAGAACUUUUCAAAAUCAAUCGAUUCACAGGGGAGAUAACUCCCAGAAAACCCUUAUCCUCUCAGCAAGGUAAGACCGUACGUUUGGUGGUACAGGCGUACGAUGGUGGGUCAGAUCCUUUUGUGACCCCGUCCAUUGUGUUUAUUAAGGUUCUUGACACUGUGAACAAUCCCCCAUAUAUUCAGCUGAAUAUUUUAAACGGAGUAACCUCCGCCGAGGUUAUGGAACAUUCUUCCGUUGGGUUUGCGGUGGCGCAUAUGGUGGUUUCAGAUGAAGAUUCGGGGACGAAUGGUCAGGUGAAUUGUUCUGUUAUGAGUGACCGGUUCCAGCUACAGAGUCUGAAGAUCAAUGAAUACAAGGUGGUCGUGUCCGGAGUGCUGGACAGAGAGGCAUCACCCCAAUAUAACUUGACCAUCGCGUGUCAGGACGGCGGCCGCCCGACGUUGAGAGCAACGUCUAGCUUUACCGUCAAUCUGAUCGACACCAAUGACUACCCACCAAUAUUCAAGCAACGACGCUACGUGGCCAACAUUACUGAAAACAACGCCAUUGGUAAAUUCAUCACACAGCUGAAAGCCGCGGACAGGGAUGCUGGCGAGAACAGCAGGAUCACCUACGUCAUCACGUCCACUUACCCACGUAUUACCAACUUCAUCAACAUCAACCCAGUGAGCGGGGUGGUCACGGCGGUGGACAAGCUUGACAGGGAAGUGUUUGACAGGUUGAACAUUACCGUUAUUGCUUUUGAUCAUGGGGACCCCCCUAUGUCAUCUAACACUUCUUUGACUAUUUUUAUUCUGGACGAAAACGACAAUGAACCCAAAUUCCGAGAAGCCGUGUAUUUGUUUAAAAUUCCUGAAAAUGAGCCUAUUGAUACACAUGUGGGACGGGUGCGUGCGUACGAUACCGACUUGGACGGGGGUGGGUUUGUGACGUAUUCUAUAGUGGACACUGGUCAGUAUGUGCCCUUUAUCUUGACCAGCACGGGGAUCUUGCUGUCUAAUGACGUGUUCGACCGGGAACAGAGAGACGAGUAUAGUUUCGAUGUGGAAGCAAGUGACCAUGGGUAUCCAUCUUUAGCAAACAGGGUCAGAGUGAUUGUUGAAAUCAUUGACGUUAACGAUAAUACGCCAAUCAUCACUUUCCCUAACGAAGUCAAUAUGACAUCUAAAAUACCCUUCCAAAACCCACCGGGUACCCAGAUAACGGCUGUGAAAGGGGAGGACAGGGAUUCGGGCUUAAACGCUCAUCUCCAGUUUUCUAUGAGACAGGACUCGCCCCAAAAAUCCUUUCUGUUUUCUAUUGACGGCUCGUCAGGGAUUAUCUUCGUAAACAAACACUUACGUGAAGAAAACGUGGGAACAUAUGUUGUGUUUGUCUCCGCGAUGGACGAAGGCACCCCGCCUCGAUCCUCAGGGGAGAGGAUUUUAGAAAUCACCGUCUUUGUCGGAAACAGCACGGCGCUGAUGUCAGGGGUGUCCCCCGGCCAGAACGCUCUUAUUGUCAUCACGCUGCUGUGCCUCACCGUCAUAAUCGCCGCCAUUGUUUUAACCGUUCUGCUGAGGAUACGACGCCGGGAUCGACAGAAGAAGUCGGAUUCUGACGUAACACUGGAGGACCUGCCCCGGACGUCCCCCCCGGACUACCCCACGGAGCGUGACGGGCAGUUCAGCAGCUACAAAGCCGUCCAGGUGGAGGAUGAGGACGUCACCGACAGCAGCAGCAGCAGCACCUUGCCCAAAGACAUCAACAAACACGAGCUGCUGUUGUUUAAGAUGCAGUUGGCAGAGCAAUACAAACAACGCGAGCAGGAAAAACUAGAGGAAAUAGAAUCCUCAUCCAAAUUAGAUCAGCACCCUGUUCAAGAAUCGCACGUGAUCUCAGACAAGUAUGACGUCACCGACCAACAGAUGACGCGAUUGGCUGCACUUAAAUAUCAACAGGCUCUCAUCAGAGGCUCAAAGAAAGGGCCGAGUCAGCAUCUCUCGUCUCGUUAUGGUCCGAAAGGGGAGACAAUUACGGACGACAUUCUGAGUAACUCCUCAGGGGAGACAACUGGCACUGACAGCGGCCGGGGCUACAGUGAGGAGGACAGUCACAGCCAGGGCAGGAGUUCUCUCCCUUCAGAAACAGGUGAAAUCCGGAUGUGCUGGCAUAUAGAUGACUCUGGCUUCCCUAUUGUGAGAUUCGACUGCAUUCGAGAUCAAAAGAAAACAAGUAUUAUUCCACAAAAUAGACAACGAAAUAGUAUUCCCUUGGUCCGACAAGGCGAUGUUUCCAUGUUGCCACCGGCGUUAAAGAGUGACUACAGACAGAGACCUAUAGACCCCGUGACCUUGAGAAACAGUAGUUCCAGGAAGAAGCCCUAUUCAGUGCACUUCGAUCACGAUACCCAGGGUGAUUUCCAAACACACGUACCUCGCUAUCUUGGAACAUUCGCACCGCAACCACGUCCAAGGUCGAGGAAUUCCGACACUAAUCUGACCUUCAAGAAAGGAAUUACCGGUUAUUCGUUGGAAAAUUUAAACGACAGUGUUGAUGAUGACAAUACUACCACGACUUCCGGUAGCUACACGAUAGACCAUGAUGAUCCGCCGGACGAAAUGAUAACAUUUUCCGGGUUUGGACUUAAAGAUGUGUACGUCUAGCGUGUUUUACGCUGUGUGGGAAGGGACGCAACUCUUGUGACCUUACGUGUAGACUUGGUACUAAGUCGUCGUUGCGAUUGCUCGACUGUGCAUCCGACGACCAUGUGUGAAUGGAUGUGGGGACACUCUCAUGAAGUGAAUACGUGUGUUGUGAUAUUAUUUAUGAGUGAAUAUGCAUGUGUUUUAGUCACUGAAUUCCAACCAGCUUUCAUGCCAGUUCGUAGAACUGGGCAUCAUUUCGUCUAGUCCUAGCAUAGUAAGCAUAUCCCGGAUGAGACUCGUCCAUUUGUUUCCAUCUUGUCAAAUCAUCAUUCGCCAUCAUUCGUGUCUUUGCGUGACCAAUCGGAUUGUCACGGAAUGGCACGAGUUGUGAAUAAUCAAUAUAAUUUCAUCAUGAACAUCAAUUGGUGCAUAUAUACAAAGAUGAAAUUAAUAAUGUGUUCAUUGGAUUUACACAAAGUUUGACUAAUUAUGUUACACUACAUUGUAUUAUGAUGUUAUUCUUAAAAAGAAUUUCAAAAUUAUCUUCUCAAUGUAUAAAAUACAUUAAACAGCUUACAGUGUUGUAUUUGGGUAGAUACGUUUUUUUACUGAAACACAGUGAAAACACAGCAAAUGUCCACAUAUCUACUUUUCACAGCAAAUGUCCACAUAUCUACACAUCGUUUAAGGCCAAACCAAAUUUACAUCUUUCCUUUGGGACAAAUAAACUUGCCCUAAUAUUUUAUUGAUAAAUACCUCAUUAUUAGAAAUAUUUUUUUGAACAGCUGUGUGUUUAAGAUUUUGAAGGGAAGUCUUAUUUUGCCUAUUGAAAUUGACAAAUUAUUUUUUUUUUUGUAUUUUUCGUAAUGAUAAGAUCUGAUUGGUCCAUGUGAUCUUGAUAAAAUACUACUGGCUGCUUUGGUUCCAGAUAAGAUAAUAAGUAUUCGCUCUCUCUUUCCUUGGGGGGCUUCUUGGUUAGGAUUAGGCCCUAGUAGCCUAGGUUUAUCGUACGAGGCGCAAACAAACAAACAAACAAACAAACCAAACGCCCUCUAAUGUACGACGGCGAGCAUAUUGUAUUGCGUUUCGACUGUGUUUCAGUGACAUAUAUGUCUUCUAGGCGUAUUAUAUAACAGCUGCGACUGUAUGAAAUAUAUGCUCUUGUGGAGAAUCGGGGUGUCACCACGAAGGUCAUUGGGUUGAUCAUCAUGGUUUUAUUUCAAUGAUGAUAAAAUCAUGUCCACCAUUCUGACGUCAUAAUAUCGUAAGACGUGACGUCAUACCGUCAGUAUAAUUUUUUUCUUGGCUUUAAUCAUUUUUAUUUCCCAAAUCUCUGUAACAUAUAAUACUUCGUUAAUGUUUUUUUUCCACAAAACGAAUAUUUAAUAAAUACUUUUUGUAAAGAUAGUUUUCUGUUUAGUAUAUGUUUACGUAAUAUUUGAAAUGUGUAUGCUCCUAGUAUUUGAUACGGUCUUGUCUUCACAAUAUAUUUCAAUGGUCUGGGCAACCUUUGUGAGAUUUUAUUACAGGUAUAUUUCAAACAAUAUGCCUCGCAUCCCAUCAGUUUAUGUUUAAAACAGGUGUUACUUCAUUAUUUUGCGGUAAUGAAUAUUAUUAUUAUUAUUAUUUUCAUGUCUCGUCAUGUUUAUGCAUUAUUUAUGAACCAUUGUUUUCCAUUGUUUGCGAUGAUUGUGUUAUUGUUUAUCAACAAAGAAAAUAAACAAUACAAUAAUA